AGUCAAUGUCAAACGUCAAUUGUCUUCCCAUCUUUCCACCUUCGUUGAAAAAGUUUCCAGUGAAUUCGUUAAUAAAAUAAACUACAUGGAGUUUUAACCGAAUACAGAGUAAAAACGAUAAAAAUUAGUUGAUGGAUAACAGUUAAAUCGUGACUAGGAUUGGUUUUAACAUCGAACACACAUGAAUACAGAGGAAGAUGACAAUUUUAGAUGAUGAUGUGAUUAUUCCUUUGCGCAACCCAAUAGCACAAGGUAAGGCUAAAUAUAAAGGCAACAAAAUCUUGGCGAGCGGCGGUGGCGAGCAGCACAAGAGGAAAUUCGAAGAGGAAUCUGUCCCCGUUACACCCGUCAAAAGAAUAGCCCUGAACGAAAUGUUGAACGGCUACAGGAGCGACGCCAAGAACAACGUUGAUGGAUCUCAGAACGCCCCCGUCGCCACAUUAUCAAACAUGGGAAACACCUGCUUCCUCAACAGCGUAUUGUACACGCUGAGGUUCGCCCCGACGUUCUUGCACAAUCUGCACCAUCUCAUCGGCGAUUUGGCUCUAGUCAGUUCGAAAUUGAACCAGAACAAAGCGAAAACAUCGUCUUUAGGUAGGAAUAUCGGCUCGAUAACCAGUCCCAGUUCGAGGAGCACAAGCAGCAAGGAUUUACUGUCGUUGGGUAGUUCCAACGAUUUAAUUCCCAAAUCGAAAGUCCAGAUAGUCACCGAGAAAUUACACGAGUUAUUUAUGACUAUGCAUAACCUUGAAAUUAAGGAAUCGAACGAAGCAGAUAAGCCCGUAGCGUUAUUACAAGCUAUCAGAGACGCGAAUUCCAUAUUCGAAGGAAAUAACCAGCAGGAUGCCCACGAACUUCUGGUGUAUUUACUCGACAACAUUAGGGAAACCUGUGAUAUUUUAACCCAACAAGUCCAACAAAAUCCCGAGAUACUUCACGAAACGGAAACCCUGCCGACGGUGAACAGCAACAAAGUGUGGAGCGUGCGGAACUCGUGGAAGAAAAGCCUGAAAAAGAAGGACAAAACGAAAGAAUCGAUAUCGGAAGAACAAGUGAACGGCGCCCACCAAUCCAACGGCGAAGUACCAUUAACCAGCCCCAAUGUGUCUUCGACCAAACAGAAAUUGAACUACAAUUUCGUGACGGAAGACUUCGAAGGGAUCACCUUGAGGCGGACGAAAUGCCUCGAAUGCGAGUGCGUGACGGAGCGCAAGGAACCCUUCUACGACAUACCCGUGCCCAUAUCGCCGGGCUACGACGACGGCCACGACGCCGACGACGCCGUCAACAUAUUCCGGCGGGCGUGCGUCACCACCGAGAAACUGUGCGACUCGAACAAAUACCUGUGCUCGAACUGUUGCCGAUACAACGAGGCCAGCCGCGAGGUGUUGUUCGAGAAGUUGCCCAACAUCAUGGUGUUGCAAUUGAAGAGAUUCACGUCGUCGACGUCCGGCGUGCAGAAGGUCAAUACGUACUUGCCCACGCCCUUGGAGCACGAGUGUUUCUGCGAAAGUUGUUGUAAAAUUGAAGAACGCCAACUUCGACCGCACCGAUACGCCCUAUGCUGCGUGAUAAUGCACCUGGGCGGCACGAUGGCUUCGGGCCACUACAUAGCCUACGUAAGAGCCUCGGAUCACCUCGAAGACUACUCGGACUGCACGAGAGACCUGCCCAAAGGCAGCCUGUCGGCGAGCAGCAGCGAGAAAUCCCUGAACAUCCUGAAGUACCUCAAGCCGCGCAGUUUGCUCAUAGAAUCGCGGAACGGUUUGUCGUCGAGGAGCGUCGUGAACGGCAUCAGGAUGUGCAAGAGCGUCGAUUGUUGCGGCGUGAAAAUCAACAAGAACGUAGAGAACGUUAUAAAUAGUUGUACGAGGAAGAGUACCCGUUUGAGCGAUUAUCCGUCGCACGAUACGUGGUUAGAGUGCGACGACGAGAAUAUCAAGUCUAUAACGAGUCAGGAAUUUGUGAAAAUAUUGGGGAAUAAUCCGAACUCAGCGUCGACGCCGUACUUGCUGUUCUAUGCCAAAAUGUCAGACCCGCUCGGUGACUAAUGGUAAGGUUUUUUUUUUAUUUUAUAAUAAAAUGUGGAAUAUGAGAUUGGUAUAAAAAUUUCCCUUUACUAAAUUUAUACUUAUUUAACGUGCUGGUUUAUUGUUUAUACACAGAAAUUUUCAUUUACUCAAAUUUUGUAAUUGUCCGGAUUGAAAUUUUUAUACCUGAAUUGUGUUGGCGCUUAAUGCGAAAUACUAGGGUACAUUGUUUAACGUUUUUUUAGCUAGUACAAAAAGUCUAUUUAAAGUGAUUUAAUGUGAUAUCACAGAAUAUUUAUAUUGACAAUUAAUGAUGAAAAAAAUUUAAAUGAAUGUACCUAAUUAGAUAGUUAGUUCGAAACGAAUAAAAUACUAAUAAUACUGUGCUUGUUUUUCUAAAUAAAAACUGCAAAGUGAGCUUUGAAAAUAAUUUUUUUGUGAUGCCUGUUUGGCACUGCGUUAUACAUUUUGUAUUAUAUUUCUAAUUUUUGUCUUCUCUUUUAUAUAUCAUUUUUAAUUGUAUGUAAUUGUUUUUUUUUUCUUGUUUAUGAAUAAGUAUACAGUUUAUUGUAGUUUUUUUGACUGCCUGUAUAGUUACUGUAUAAUAUUAAAAAUUCUAAUUUUCGUACUAUACAUUUCCAUCCACUUUUAGGAUGGAAAAUAAUUUCUGUGAUCAAAUUUAUUUAUGCGUUUUUUUAAUUGAAUUCUAUGGAAUUUGCAGUAACUAUAUUAGCAUUCGUAAUAUGUUUUCUCAUCAUCAAAAGGGAUGUGAUCAAAAUAUUAUAUUGACCACAAAAUACUUAUUAUAUAGGGAAAAUUAAACAUAUAACGAAGAAACGGCGCUUAAAUUAAGUUCAUAAAAAUUGUGAUAGACCUAAGUUUCUAUUGUAAAUAAUUCCGAAUGUUUCCUUUUUUUUGUUUGAUAAAUAACAUCGAUUUUACUCAAAUGCAGCGCUCAAAACGUUUCUUAAAUGAAUUGUUAGAAAUUUUUCCUAUUAGCCAGUGUAUAUUAUUUUUUUAUGUAGAUAUAAAAAAAAACAAUUUUGACCAUAGUGGUCGUAAAAUUCGCUUAACAUGUAUAUGUUAAAUGUUAGUAAAUUUCGAAUUAGCUUGUUAAUGAAAAAUCAGUGUUGCACCAAAUUUCCUAUUUUUUCGAAACGUUAGAAAUCACACUGAAAUUAAUACUACGAAAAUGUCAAAUAUUUUGGAUAUUAUAACGUUACUGUUUUGAUUAACGAAAAAAAAACACUAAACUAAUUGGCGUUUAUGCACAGAAUUUACUGUAAAAUAAAAUAUGUUACAUAUGUAUUGAUCCUGUAUAUCGGCUAUUAAUUCGACCGGAAAUUGUAAAUUUUAUUAUAAUAUAAUCAUUCCAAUUAUUCGUGCCAUCAAAACUCUCAUAUUGAAUCGCUGCAAAGCUUGUAGCUUUUUCAGGAUCGUACAAUGUAAUUAGUAUUUUUUUAAUGGAGCUAAAUAUUUAGUCAAGUUAUAGUCUUGACUGGGUGUUUUGGAAGGUAUUAAUUUUUGUCCCCUCACAUUCCUUGAACUCGAUUAAUUGUACAGUUUUGUUUAAUUUUUAAUUACAACGUGUAAAUACAUUUACUUUCAAUGUUUAUAAAUUAUAUAAAUAUAAAAAUUACAGAAUUAAGUACAUUAUAAUUUAAUACAGUGUGACAACAAUAAAUUGAACAAAACUUUCGACAGCUGGUUUGUAAAUAUUUUGAUGAAAUUUGCCAAUUUGAAAUAAUGUUCCGGUAUUAUAAACGAUUGCUAGGAAAAUAAAAUUUACUUUUGAAGUAACUUAUGAGAUUUUUCCCACACUUUUGUUGCAGUAUUUCUUGAGUAAAUUUUAUUGGGCAAGUGAAUAGUUUAUAAUUAAAAUUAAUUUUUGUUUAUUAGAAUGUUUUUGUUUUUUAUAUUUGUAUUUGUACUAAAUCGAGUGAAGAAAACAUACCAAAUUAUCUUCAGAAAGCCAAAAGCUAUUUUGUAAAUUAAAAUUUACAAACUUUCAGCUGCGAUUUUUAAAAACUUUCAGCAAAAUAUAACGCUAGAAAUUUUAAAUAUAUUCUAAAUCUAAUUACAUCAUUCGAUGACUAUUUUAACGAUAAAAUGGUACUAUUUAAUCGAUCUUCACUUGCAUAUUGUACUGUUUUUUUCAUGCGAUUUCUUUUGAAUAUCUUCUAAGAAUAUCACCUAUUUCAUCGGCGUGCGUGUGUUGCCAUUGAACGUUUAUUUUCACAGUUUCCAACGAUUGUUGUACUCCCUGUUUGACAUCGGCGAAGUUCUUUUGAUUUGCCUCUAUGAAGUGUUCAAACUGAAAAAAGAAACAAACAUUUCAAAAAUUUUAUUACGUUUCUAUAAAAGAUAUUACCUCUUCCUGGUCCUU